AUGCAAUUUUCCAAUGUGUCUUACUUGGAAUUACCUCUGUCUCAUUCACAGCUUUUGCCAUCUAUUGUGCAAGCCCCGAAGGUGGAAUUAAAGCAGUUACCGGAUAAUUUAAAGUAUGCAUUCUUGGGAGAUGGAGAUACACUCCCAGUAAUAAUUUCCAGUAAAUUGACUGCUUUAGAGGAAGAAAAACUAAUUCGGGUGUUGAAGGACCACAAGGAGGCAAUAGGAUGGACAGUGGCUGACAUAAAAGGAUUAAGUCCAGCCACUUGCAUGCAUCGCAUCUUGUUAGAAGAUGGUGCUAAGCCUUCGAGAGAGGCUCAACGGAGAUUGAACCCACCAAUGAUGGAGGUAGUGAAGAAAGAAGUUUUAAAACUUCUUGACACAGGUAUAAUCUAUCCCAUUUCGGAUAGUAAGUGGGUAAGUCCUGUUCAAGUAGUUCCUAAAAAGACAGGAAUUACUGUUAUUGAAAAUCCUAAAGGUGAGUUAGUGCCCACUCGAGUUCAAAAUGGGUGGAGAGUUUGUACCGAUUUUAGAAAAUUAAAUGCAUUAACUCGUAAAGAUCAUUUUCCAUUGCCUUUUAUUGAUCAGAUGUUGGAAAGGUUGGCAGGAAAAUCUCAUUAUUGCUGUCUUGAUGGUUUUUCAGGUUUUCUACAAAUUCCAGUGGCGCCUGAAGAUCAAGAGAAAACCACAUUUACUUGCCCUUUUGGUACAUUUGCCUAUAGACGAAUGCCUUUUGGUCUUUGUAAUGCGCCUGCUACAUUCCAAAGGUGUAUGGUUAGUAUAUUUUCUGAUUAUGUGGAGAAUAUCAUAGAAGUGUUUAUGGAUGAUUUUACUGUCUAUGGUAAUUCUUUUGAUGAAUGUUUAACUAACCUCACAAAAAUUCUUAAAAGGUGCAUUGAGACUAAUCUUGUUUUAAAUUAUGAGAAAUGCCAUUUUAUGGUGGACCAAGGCAUAAUUUUAGGCCAUGUGGUAUCUGCAAAAGGAAUUGAGGUAGAUAAGGCUAAGGUAGAAAUUAUCAAAUGUUUACCUUACCCUGCAAGUGUGCGGGAAGUUCGCUCUUUUCUUGGCCAUGCAGGUUUUUAUAGGCGUUUCAUCAAAGAUUUUUCAAAGAUAUCCCAUCCUCUAUGCAAAUUACUUCAAAAGGAUGUGGUAUUUCAUUUUGAUGAUAAUUGCAAGAGUGCAUUUGACACGCUCAAGGGAUCAUUGACUUCAGCACCAGUGGUUCGACCACCAAACUGGAGUCUUCCUUUCGAGAUAAUGUGUGAUGCCAGCAAUUUUGCUGUUGGUGCAGUACUUGGCCAGAAGGAGGGCAGAGCUUCUUAUGUCAUUUAUUAUACCUCGAGGACCUUGGAUGGUGCCCAGUGCAAUUAUUCGACUACGGAAAAGGAGCUUUUAGCUAUUGUUUUUGCUUUAGAAAAAUUCCGUUCUUAUUUACUUGGCACUAAAGUCAUUAUUUAUUCUGACCAUGCAGCUUUGAAAUAUUUGCUCAACAAGAAAGAGGCCAAACCACGACUUAUAAGGUGGAUUCUCCUACUCCAAGAAUUUAAUUUGGAAAUUAAAGACAAAAGGGGUGCCGAAAAUAUGGUUGCUGAUCAUCUCAGUCGUUUGAUCAAUAGUGAAGGACCUGCUCCCUUGAAGGAUAAUUUUCCAGAUGAGCAUCUUUUUGUAGUUCAAAAGACAACUCCCUGGUAUGCUGAUUUAGUGAAUUAUCUGGUUACUAGAACGCUACCUAAUGAUUUGUCUAGAGCUCAAAAGGAAAAAAUUAAAAGUGAUGUUAAAUAUUAUGUGUGGGACGAACCAUACUUGUGGAAAUAUUGUUCUGAUCAAAUUAUUCGCAGGUGUGUGUCUACAGAAGAGACUAGUGGUCAAGCAGAAAUCUCCAAUAAAGAAAUCAAGUCGAUACUUGAAAAGACGGUGAAUCCCAAUAGAAAGGAUUGGAGUUUGCGCUUAGAUGAUGCACUUUGGGCUUACCGUACAGCUUUUAAGACCCCCAUAGGUAUGUCUCCUUACCGAUUAAUUUUUGGCAAACCUUGUCAUCUACCUGUGGAAUUGGAACAUAGGGCAUAUUGGGCAGUUAAAAAUUAUAAUAUGCGGAUGGAUGAAUCUGGAGAACACAGGAAGUUGCAAUUGCAAGAGUUGGAGGAAAUCCGAAAUGAUGCAUAUGAGAGUUCUUGCAUUUAUAAGGAGAAGACAAAAGCAUUUCAUGAUAAAGCAAUUUCAAGGAAAAUUUUUUGUAUUGGUCAAAAAGUACUUCUUUUUCACUCUAGACUUAAACUUUUUCCUGGUAAAUUGCGUUCUCGUUGGAUUGGACCUUUUAUUGUGACUAAUGUGUUUCCUCAUGGUGCAGUAGAAAUUCAAAGUCUUCACACUGACAAGAUUUUUAAGGUUAAUGGUCAUCGUCUCAAACCUUUUUAUGAAGGAUUUCAAGUUAAUAAUGUUGAGGAGGUGACCCUUGCAGUGCCUGAACUCUCUGAUUGA